AUGAGACCGACCAGUUACGACGAUACUACAAUAAUCCGGUCAAGCAGUGAUGGAUUAGACCAUGAUGGUAACAGGAAUAGGAAAGAUGACAGGACGGAGAUCGAGAACGUGCAGAAGGUCAGGCCUCGGAGCAACUGGAUGUUCUGCCUCUUUUUCAGGUCUCCACGUGGCAAAUCAAAGACUGCAGGAACUCAGCCAGUUACACUUGAGAAAGGCAUCUUUGUGGAUGAUGAUGAGAUUUUUGAUACAGGCGGGCAAUCAAAGUUUGUUCUCAAGAACCUUCAGCAUUACACAGUCCAUCCAAAUCUGGCCCAGUACUAUGAACCUUUGAAGCCCACCAAGCUGCAGAAGUUCAUGGCUCGCAACAGGAAAAUCUUAAGCUUCAUGUUUAAAGUCACAGAGUAUGAUCGGGAUAAGACCUUACUGAUAAUGACCAACAACCCACUUCCCUGCCCAAUGGCCCAGGAAGGAAAGGACAUCACACCAAAAUACUUUUCCAAGGAGUUACUUCUCAAGGUAAUGGAAAGUUAUCAGCAUAAACCCUCUAAGAAAUCCCGCCUACCCCUGAAGCCUCAGAAAAAACAGUUAAGAUGUGAACUGAAAUCAGUGUUCCCUGUGACAGUGUUGGAAGGCAGCACAUCCAAGCGAGAACAGUGGUUUAGGUUUUCCACCAAUAAUGAUUUCAAGAGUGAAGGGAAAUAUUCAACAGACUACAUUUUGAGGAAACAGAAAAAUAUGUAUCCUCUGCUCACCUUUGCACCGGUCUUUAAAAGAGAUUUGAAGAUAGAUGUCUCUAAGAAGUCGGAAAGGGACACGCCGACUUGCAAGAUGAACUGGGAACCACUAACCCUUUCAUCGCUCAUGAAAGAGAAGCCCACCAGAACCGCGCCAGGGGAGAGCGCCUUCCGCAAUGGAAGGGCCCAGCAGUGGAUUAUGAAAAAUGCCACUGUCGUUAAAGUAAAAACAAACCCUUCGGGCCUCUCGCCUCGGUCUCCAGAGACUGAGGGGCUUGCAGAAGUCGCCAUCCGAGGAGUGUCAACCAAAUAAAAUCGCAUUCAGCCCGCUCCGGGCAUGGGCUGCCGGGUCGCUG